CGCCAUCUAGCGGUAAAAUGUGGAAAAAGGGGAUCGGUCGAAAUGUAACUAAGAAAGUUUUGAUAGAAUCCCUAUCGGAAAAUUUUCAAUAUGAAAAAAUUUCCGAUCUGCCUCGUGAUAGGAAUUGAUGGCAAAAAACCAGAAGUUAUUAUUGAAGGAAUAGUUGGUUAUCUGCCUCCUGUUUGUGAAGAUGGCAAAGGGUUCUCCUUCUAUCAGUGGGAUAUAACAAAUAAAUAUUACAAUGCAUCAAUUCAUUUGUGCCAGAUGACCACAAAAACAACUAUUGAUGAAGACUUUGCUGAGAAUAUAAAUGCUUCAAUAAUCUUCUUUGAUAGUGCUCAAGAAGAUGGAUUGAAAAAAGCCGAAGAGUGGAUUCCAUUUCUGAAUGAGUUCGAUUCUGGUGUUAAAAUACUUGUCUGUGAACAAUGCUCUAUUGAGGGAAAUACGAAACAUACUCCCAAGAUUGUUGCACAGCAGUGGUGUAUUCGGCAUGGGUUUGAACUAGUGGAACUCAACCCUCUUGAAAAACCAGACCCAGAAGACGAUUUUCCAGAAACCUUGGGAAUGGAAAGAAUUAUUCAAGCCCUUCAUGCUCAUUCAUGGCCAAACUUAGAAUUAAAAAGUGGCGACAAGAGCCGAAUAAAUCAUUUGAGCCGUUUGUUGCUGAGCGAAGACUCGGAGCAACCGUGUGACCACUCGUCGUCGGAAAAUAAUGCGGGAAGAGACCUGAUAGUUGAUCGUCAAAUUAGUGAAGGAAUCGAUUCCUUUGAGGAACUUUUUCAAGCAAUGUCCUUGAUGAAAAGUCAAGCCAGUAGUCUUCAAGGUGCUGAAAGAAAAGCAUAUGCUGAGAAAAUGACCAUGGCAUUUUGGCAAGCGAUAGAAGGAAGUCCAGACGAAAUCGAAGGACUCGAAUCUUCAGCAGAUGAGGAGUGAAAAUGGAAACCCUUUCGUUCUUUUCUGGACUCCUUUUUUGUUUGGUAUUUCUUCUCAUGUAUGUCAUUCUUUUCCUAGCUAUGCAAUCAUAAAGGAAAAUGGUAGAUCCGAAGCUGCUUUUAAACUACUUGUAUUUGCUGGAGCAAAUGUCACAAGAAGGAAUUGUAUGGAAACAAUUGUAUUUAAGUUUGUGAAUACCAUGUUAUGGUUGGCGAGCGGUAAGCCGUUUCUGAGUGAAAAAUGGAAAAUUUCACAUUUUGAAUUUCCUCAUUUAUCAUACAUGUUUAAAAUAAUCGCAUAAAGCUCUAUUAUUCACCCUUCCUCUUCUUUGUUUGACAAAAUAUUUGCUUUAAUGAUUGAUAAGAAAUCAAGAGGACGUCACGAACCUCGUAUUGCUGAACUUCUGUUUAAAUCCUUGGUCGCAAACAAUCAAGUGUACCAGCAUUUUACGAGUCUUAUAUGAUUCUUGCUUCAUGAAUUUUUCUUCGGAUAAAGCAUAGUAUACAUACGUGAGUAAUAUACAAAAAACGAGAGGAGUUUGGCUCGAAGGACGGAAUUACACGAUAAGAGUUGA